GCCAGGUAAUGAAGUUUUUCACGCGGCCACGACAGCAUCUUUCUAUAGUGAAUAAUGGGCAGAGCAACAAGUUGGUUAAAGGGCUUAUUUGGGAUACGAAGCAACAAGGCCAAUUCAAAUUCCGGUGACGGGAGAGACAAGAAAGCAAGUUGAUUUGGCCAAUCAGGAAGAGACAUUGAUGGCCUGUGUCUUAAUCCAACUACAAUACCGCCAAACAUAUCUGUAGUAAGAUCAUAUUAUUCUGAGACAGAGAAAGAACAGAACAAGCACGCAAUUGCAGUGGCUGCAGCCCAGGCUGCGGUGGCGGUGGUGAGGCUGACUAGUCAUGAUAGGGGUACCAUGUUUGAAGGGGGCCAACGGAGGUGGGCUGCUGUCAAGAUUCAGACCAUUUUUAGAGGCUAUCUGGCCAGAAAAGCCCUACGAGCUCUUAAAAGUUUGGUGAAGUCGCAGGCACAUGUUAGAUGUUAUUUAGUGCGGAAACAAGCCACUGAGAGGUUUGAUGAAACAAGAAGUGAACGGGCAGUAUCUUUCCAUAGCAGAAGACAGUCUGCUUCUCUAGACACCAUGUUUAACACCAUUGAUUGGAGUCCUAAAAUUGUGGAGGUUGAUACAGGGAGCCUCGCCGCAAAGAGGCAAUGUUCAAACAUUCCAUAUUAUAUGGUCAAUACAGAGACUUUCAAGGCUAAAUUGAGGUCACAUAGUGCACCAAAACAAAGGCCAGAACGGGGUCCAAAAAGAAGGCUUUCAGUUGAUGAAAUGAUGGAGUCAAGGAGUAGUCUUCGUGGUGUUAAGAUGCAAAGAUCAUGCUCACAGCUUCAAGAGGCUUUCAAUUUUAUGAGUACUAUAAUUGGUAAGCUUGAUAGGUCUGCAGGGUUCUCAAGAGAACCAGAGAGAAAUUUUAUUCACAGACUGCAAUAGUUGGUGAGAAAGAAGUUUUCCUCUCUAAUGUGUUGCUUACUAAUGCUAUUUUGUGCUUAAAUAAAAAUAAGGUAGGUGAUAGAACAAAAUUAGAAUGUAUGUAGGAUUACUUGUGAUUAUCAUUAAAAUUCUGUUGCAUUUGUUUCAUAUGUUAAUGUUAAUCAAGAGAAUCAAACUUGCCGGUGA